AUGGACGGCAUACAACUACGGGAUGAGGCCGCGCAGGAUCGCGUGCGCGCUGCCACCGAAUUCCUUGACCCAGCUGAUGCACGGGCACGCAGUUAUCGAGCGGACAUUGUGGUUAUGCUAAAUAAGGGUGCGCGACGUUUGACAGUCAGCAUCGAUGAAAUCAGAGCACACAACCGGGAGCUGGCCGAUGGGCUGCUUUCUUCGCCAUUCGAUUACUCGCAAGCCUUUGAUAUGGCCUUGAAGGCAGUCGUCAAAACCCUGCCCGGUCGACCAGUUAAAGAAACCUCAGAUGAAACAAACUACUAUUGCGCCUAUGUUGGCGCAUUCGGAGAAUUCUCCUGCAAUCCCCGCACAUUGGGUUCUCAACAAUUGAAUCAUAUGGUAUCCCUCGAGGGUAUUGUGACAAAAUGCUCUCUGGUGCGCCCCAAGGUAGUGCAGAGUGUUCACUAUGUCGAGAGGAAGGAUCGUUUCGUCGCCAGAAAAUAUCGUGAUCAAACUAUGAGUGCCAGCGGUGCAACCAGCUUGAACGUUUACCCUCAAGAGGAUGAUGAAAAGAACCCACUUAUCACCGAGUACGGCUACUCUACAUACCUCGAUCACCAGUCAAUCUCCAUCCAAGAAAUGCCCGAACGUGCGCCCGCAGGACAGUUGCCCCGAAGUGUCGAUGUCAUUCUGGACGACGACCUUGUCGAUACUGCCAAGCCUGGAGAUAGAAUCCAGCUGGUGGGUAUCUACCGCACCCUUGGUAACCGAAACGCAGGCAGUGGCUCGUCGACUUUCCGCACCGUGGUCAUGGCGAACAAUAUUAUUCAAUUGUCUUCGAAGAGUGGUGGAGGUAUAGCAGAGGCUGUCCUUACCGAUACCGACAUUCGAAACAUCAAUAAGAUUGCGAAGAAGAGAAAUGUGUUCGAAUUGUUGUCCAAGUCUUUGGCUCCCAGUAUCCACGGCCAUGAUUACAUCAAAAAGGCAAUCCUCCUGAUGCUUCUUGGUGGAAUGGAGAAGAACUUGGAUAACGGAACCCAUCUUCGUGGUGAUAUCAACAUUCUUAUGGUCGGUGACCCCUCGACUGCAAAAUCUCAGCUGCUUCGUUUUGUGUUGAAUACUGCGCCAUUGGCAAUCGCUACUACUGGUCGAGGCUCCUCCGGCGUCGGUUUGACUGCUGCUGUUACCUCUGACAAAGAAACCGGUGAACGCCGACUGGAGGCCGGUGCCAUGGUUCUCGGUGACCGCGGAGUGGUUUGUAUCGAUGAGUUUGACAAGAUGAGCGAUGUCGAUCGUGUUGCCAUCCACGAAGUCAUGGAACAACAGACUGUCACAAUCGCCAAAGCCGGUAUCCACACAAGCUUGAAUGCUCGCUGCAGUGUUCUCGCAGCAGCCAAUCCAAUCUAUGGCCAAUACGAUCCCCACAAGGAUCCGCAUAAGAACAUUGCUCUUCCCGAUUCCCUACUCUCUCGUUUCGAUUUGCUAUUCGUUGUGACGGAUGACAUCGAAGACACCCAUGACCGCAGGAUCUCGGAGCACGUUCUCCGCAUGCACCGCUACCGCCAGCCUGGCACUGAGGAGGGUGCCCCAGUCCGGGAACAGCUUAACCAAACCCUGGGCGUUGGAGUGGAAGAUCGUCAAGACGGCAAUGCGCCAAGUGAAGUGUUCGAGAAGUUCAACGUCAUGCUUCAUGGUGGUAUGAUCGAUGCUGCUAACGCUGGCCGUCGCCGUGGCAAGAACGUGGAAAUUAUCAGUAUUCCCUUCAUCAAGAAGUAUAUCCAAUAUGCUAAGAAGCGAAUCAUGCCCGUCUUGACCAAGGGUGCUGCCGACCACGUUAUCGCUACAUACUCUGCUUUGCGAAACGAUGAACUCACUGGCAACAAGCGUCGCACCUCGCCCAUCACUCCUCGUACUCUGGAGACCCUGAUUCGUUUGUCCACUGCACACGCCAAGGCACGUUUGUCGAAUCGUGUGGAUCAGAGCGACGCCAAAAAUGCCGAGGCCAUCCUGCGUUUCGCCAUGUUCAAGGAAGUCCUCGAGGACGAGCGUCGUAAGAGACGCAAGGUGACCACCUUCGAUUCCGACUCCGAAUCCGACAGUGAUGCCGAACUCGAUGACAACUCUGAUGAUGACACCAAUGCCCGCGGCACAUCCACCGCCACACCCGGUCGACGCACCGGCACAGCACGCACCCGCGGCACCGCAACGCAGUCUAGCGCCCCCGUUCCCGACGAGGACGAAGACCCAGACAGCUUGUACACAGCCAGUCCACGUGCUCAGCGCCUGCGCUCGAGCCAGACAGGCCGUACCCAGACACAGACCGACUCGCAGAUGUCAAUGGCAUCUUCGCGACCAGCCUCACAGCUCAUCGAGUCCCAAACAGACACGCAAUCCACAUCUGCAGACGUCCCCAUCACACCUGCGCGCAUGAUAGUCUUCCGACAGACUCUCGGCCCGCUCAUGGGCAAGACCGUGUUCAAGGAUAGCGAUACAAGCAAGGUCGACGAUCUGAUCAACGCCGUCAACACUGCUAUCCGCGACUCGCCCAAGCAUGGCGCUUCGCAAGUCUUCCCCCGCUCUGAAGCUAUCCAGGCCUUGCGGAUCAUGAACGAGGAUAAUAUUCUGAUGUACCUCGAGGAUGACGAUGAUGUAUACCGGGUUUAA